UUAUUUUGGCUUCUGUAGUGUUCACUUCAGCUUCCCGCCAAUUUUUAAUAAUUAUUUGUUGUUAAUUUUUUGUUUACCAUGGAGGUGGAAGUGGAUGAAAAUAAUGCCCCAGAAUUAUACGUACGCACGCCGGAGGAUGUGAGGAUCAUUGUGAAACAUGCGAAAUUGGAUGAGCGUCAGCUUACCCAGGUGACUCAAGCGCUUGUUUAUCCUUCAGCUAAUAUCGUUGCCGAUAAUCUACGCCUUCUGGAGUUAGAUUCCCAUAUGUUGGAACAGAUACGUGAGGGUCAGACGCUACAUUUUAAGGGUGGACUCCAUGAGAAGGUUGUUCUCUGCACGGAUGAGAAGACAUAUGAUGUGAAGGGUGCUGAGAUAUCGAAUAGUUUAUUGCUGGUGCCGGAUUUAAAGUUUGCCGCCGCCACUAGCACCUCACCUCUGAAGAGUCCACGUUCGGGUAAUGCGAAUGCUUCGCUGGAAAGGAGUCUCAAUGAUAGCACCGAAGAUGAGCUCGAAGUGCCCCGGACACUAGAGCAACGCCAAGUGCUGACAGUGUUUCACGAGUACUACGAGUGCCGUGAGAUUAGACCAAGAUAUCGCAAGCUGGGUGAGCUGUUGCAGUUGACACGCUAUUCCGGGCCAGAGAAUGAGUAUUGCAUAGAGAAGAAGUUGCUCUUCAAUUUCCAGCAGUUGCUGGACACGGUUCAAUGCAGUCGCUUGCAAUUUAUGGAUGGACUGCGUCAAUAUCGAGCUCUGGAAUUCGAUGGCCACUUGAGAGUCUUGGAGUAUGAGUAUGAAUAUCGGAUAGUUAACCUUAUGCUUGGACUGAUCAGCGAGAAUUCCUGGGCUUUAGAUGAAGUAGAUCGUUCUGAGACCAUACAGGCUCUAGAUGGCAUUGCUCCGGAGUCAAUUGUCUCUGGCCUCUUUGAUAUCUACACUGUCUCCAGUGAUCGUUGCCCCGACAAGUACUCCUAUCAAGAAUCUUUGGUGGCUCGCAUUGUGGCUCAGAAUAUUCUACAACCCGGUUUGCGUUUUCGUAAUGAGGAAUUCAUGCGCACAUGGCAAGAGGCUCUACCCGAGGGCAUGUCCUGUCAAUUGGAAUAUCUAAGUGGCAUUGGCAUUUAUGAUAAAGAGGGAGCUCAACCAUGUAUACGUUCGCUGGCGGAGGAGCAACUGCCCACCAAUAUCAAUGAUCGGAUGCGCACUCUGUUUAAAACGAAACGCAAAUGGACUUUGGAGGAGAUGGAACCCUACAUAGACUGCUUUACCACUCCUACUUUGUCGGUGUCCAUGUUACUGGCCAAAUAUGCUCGCUCUCUGACCGAAGGAGGCAUUCGCUAUUAUGUGUCUAAGCAUUGAUAGAUAAGGGAAAUUAGUUUCAGUUUAGAAUCUAAGCUUAGUUUAUCGAGCAAAUUAAAAAUUAAUAGCCAAAAUGAA